GUUUACGGAAGUUAAAGCAACACUCGCUCACGACAGACAGACGCGGCUUGUCAUUUUGUGUUGUCAGGUGUUGUUGUCCAUGUGAACUUUAUUUUUGACGUAGAAUUACAAUACGUUUGAUGUAUGGAAUACAAUACAGAGCACCUGACAAUUAUAGCUUAGCUGUAUGUGUGCAAAGUGUUAAGAAAGUAACGUUAAAGAAUGCAGACUGAUGGCGUUGGAGUACAUUGUCCGACCGACUUGUCACAUGCGACUGAUACGAAGAUUCAUGUUCUUGUAUGUGUAACUGGCAGUGUCGCGGCACUUAAAUUACCCUUACUGGUGGGUCAGCUUCUUCAGAUUCCCGGGGUGGAGGUGCGUGUGGUCACCACUGAGCAUGCCUGUCAUUUCUAUGACGUCGCUGAGAUACCUGUGCGAGUGUACACCGAUAAAGACGAGUGGGAGAUGUGGACACAGCGUUCUGACCCCGUGCUGCAUAUCGAGCUCCGACGCUGGGCACACCUGUUGCUCAUCGCCCCCCUGGACGCCAACACCCUGGGCAAGAUCGCCAGCGGCAUUUGUGAUAACCUCCUGACGUGCGUUGUGCGGGCGUGGGAUCUACGUCGUCCUCUGCUUUUCUGUCCAGCCAUGAACACGGCCAUGUGGAACCACCCCAUCACUACCCGACAGAUAAGCACGCUCACUGACUUCGGCUAUGUGGAGAUCCCCUGCAUCGCCAAGAAGCUGGUGUGCGGAGAUGAAGGAAAAGGUGCCAUGGCGGAGGUGAUGACGAUCGUGGAAACUGUCAAACAGUACCUUCCCAGUGCCGCCACCAUGUCAUAGCGCACACAUAAACGUUACAGGGUCAACUGCUGUGAGAUUUUUUAUUAUCUAAUGAAUGUUGACAUACUGUUGUUUUUCAGUCUGAUGUUACGCCAAAUUGUAAAUGUAAAGUGUUGUAGGCCUACAGCACCGUCACGACAACUUGAGUCUCAUUGAAGCAAUGUUAAAAGUCUCUGCUCUGUCAUACAGUGUUUUUUUCACCUGAUUCUGCUUUUACAUCAUUUUAAUUCCAAAAUACUGUAUGUGUUUUGGACCACUGUUUGUAACAAAUAGCUACCUGAAUCAUACACUUUUAACAAAGAUAAAUACGUCUAUGGACAAAUAGACCUAUUUAUUUAAUUAUUUAUUUUACUCUAACCCAAGCCUAUGAGCCUCAAAUGUAAUGUAAUGUAAUGUAAUGGCAAUCUGUCAUUAUAGAUAAACAAUAAAAACUUUUUUGAA